GUCACCCCUCUUGCGGCGUCGCGAUAUGGCCUGGUCCGGGAGGGGGCGGGGGGUUCGACUUAAGAGGCAGGCCUUUGAGUUGAAGGCGGGAAGAUGGCGGACUCGUCGGGGCGGGGCGCUGGGAAGCCGCCUGCAGUGGGCCCCAGUACUGCUAGGGGUGCUAGGAGCAAAGGAAGAACACAAGGUGGAAGAAUAGUUGAGUCGCGGUAUUUGCAGUAUGAAAAGAAAGCCCCCAGAAAGGCUCCUGCAGCAGAUGCAUUAAAGGCCGGUGGGACGACGCCUGAAGGUGGAACAAAAUCCAGCCAGCUCCAAAAGAGUAAAGAUGGCAGUGGAGUUGACAAAGGCAACCUGCAGUCUACCUUGCUGGAAGGGCAUGACACUGCCUUGUCUGACCUGGAUCUCUCCGCCAUUCAUGAUAAAAGUGUGAUCCGAAAGACUCCGCAAUUAAAAAAACAGUCACAGAAAGCCGAGUUGUCAUCCUCUUCUGCCGCGAGUGAAAAGAGCCCAGAUGUGUCACAAGCACUGGAAAUGAUGGAGUCCCAGACUCUCCUUCUGACCCUGCUGACCGUGAAGAUGGAGAAUGGCCUGUCUGCAUUCGAAGAACAGGCAGAAAAGAACCUGGAAAUACUGUGUAAAGAGAAGGAGAAACUCCAGAAAAAGGCAUAUGAGUUGAAGCGCAGGCUUCUCCUCUGUCAGAAGAAGAAAGAGCUGGAGGACUUCCUGGAUGCACAGAUAGAGAUGCUGAGCCCCCUGGAGGCUGUGGCCAGCCGCUUUCGGGAACAGUACAAGACAUUCGCAAUGGCUCUGGACACCACACGGCAUGAGCUGCCCGUGAAAUCGGUCUACCUGGACGGAGACAGGCAGCUCUUCUUAGACGAGUUGCAGCGGGAAUUGAUGACCACACGCCAUCUGCUGGGAGAACUUGGCAUUGGCAGCUCAGAAGACAGUGUGAAGGUCUUUGAUGUGCUGAGGGAACUCAGGGAUGUGAUCCAGAAGAAGGACCUGGAGCUCCGAAGGAGCGUCGACCAGGUUCUGGAACUUUCCGCCGAGGCAAGUAAAGAGGCAGCCUUAAUCAACCAGGAGAUCUGGGAAGAGGCCCAGGGCCCCGAGGCCCUCAGCCGGUGGUAUUUUAAUCCCAAGGAGGCCACUGGCGGGGAAACUCAGGAAGAGGUCAGGAGCCCCUUGGGCCACGCCGAGCUGUGAGUCCACGUGCAGAGUGCGUCCCCACCCCAAGCAAGGACAUUCCUGCACCCCAUGGGGAAGGAAGCACGUCCUGUGCCCCUUGUUCCAGGGGGCAGGGAACCUGCAGCGACCCCCCAGGUUCUUAAAACUUGAGCACUUUAUGCACUUAG